GCCGGUGCCGGGGCUGUGGCCGCCGCCGUGGCCCCGCGGCUGCGGCGGGAGCGGCGGCACCGGCACCAUGCGGCAGUCCCUGACUCAGCAGCGCCCGGGCGGCGUGGCCCUGCCCGACUCCGUGGGGUCGUUCAAUAGAAGAAAAAGAAAUUCCCUCUACGUAACUGUGACUCUCCUCAUUGUGUCAGUAUUAAUUCUAACGGUGGGCCUAGCUGCUACAACAAGAACCCAAAAUGUGACUGUUGGAGGUUAUUACCCAGGGGUUAUUCUUGGUUUUGGGUCGUUUCUUGGAAUAAUUGGAUCAAACUUGAUAGAAAACAAAAGGCAAAUGCUGGUUGCAUCGAUCGUCUUCAUCAGCUUUGGUGUCAUUGCUGCGUUCUGCUGUGCCAUAGUAGACGGUGUCUUUGCUGCCAGACACAUAGACCUGAGGCCGCUGUACGCGGGGCGAUGUCAGUACUACUCCAAGAGCACGACCCCGCCUGAGGCGAUCUGUCACCCACAACGCCGUGCCCCCUGCACACCAAAAAUAAAAACCAAUACCUGCUUCUGCUGUGACCUGUACAACUGUGGGAACAGAGUGGAGAUUUCUGGAGGCUACUAUGAAUACAUCGAUGUCAGCAGCUGCCAGGACAUCAUCCACCUUUACCACUUGCUCUGGUCAGCAACAAUUCUGAACAUAGUGGGGCUAUUCCUGGGGAUCAUUACAGCAGCAAUCCUUGGAGGCUUUAAAGACAUGACUCCUUCCCUCCCUACGCUGAACUGUACGGUUGAAAAUGCACACCCUUCAGUGACCUACUACUCAAGGCCACAAGUGACAUCUUACAACACCUACUACCACAGCACUCCUCACCUGCCUCCCUACUCUGCAUAUGACUUUCAGCAUUCCAGCGUGUUUCCAGCCUCCACUCCUUCUGGCCUCUCCGAUGACCCCCAGUCCAUGUCUCCAUCUCCCAGCUAUAUGUGGGCCUCUAAUGCGCCGCCUCGUUACUCGCCACCGUAUUUUCCCCCUUUUGAAAAGCCACCACCUUACACACCAUAAAGAAUGUGGGAAAGAAGACAAAAAUACUCGCCAUCGAAAUAAUUGUGAACAUUUUGUAUUUAUAUUUUACUGUGGGAGGCAGCAGGAGGAUAGAUACAGAAGAGAAUUGCAAAUACAAAUAUUAGAUUGGACUGUUCUUUCUUGCGAGACUUAUUUCAGAAGUUCAGCAAUGGCCUGUGAUAAAGGGACAGACUGCUGAUGUUUUAAAGUGUUGGUGAGUAGCAGGUGACCUAAAUGUCAGCCUCUUUGGUUCAUGUAAUCCUUGAUUUUUAAUAAAGUGAUCCAACACAGAUGACAGAUUCUGGUCUGCCUUACUCCAUCUUGUGCCAAGCUGAAGUAAGGGUAGCCAGGAUCGAUAGCUGCCAGAGACUAUCAGUCUGUUUAAGGUGAGGGUGCUUGCCACUGGGUUUGUUUGGCCUUCAGGCUCCAACUGCUGGGAUUUUGGGCAGGGAGGCACAGGACCUGGCUCACAUCACUUGUUGGUUACAGCCUACACACUGGAAAAAUCUUCAAACUUCAACCCUAUUGAAAAGAGGUAACAUCCUAGGAUAGUCUCGUAGAUUGUAGCAAAACAACUGGAACAUUGCUUUUUUGAGGGAGGGGAAUCUUUAACAGGCAAGCUGUUUUUAUUUCAGAAUGCUUCUUAAAGUGAAAUGGAAGGUGAAAUGGAGUUGUCUCUCUCUGAAUUCUGUGUAAGUAAAGCUGAAGUAAAGCAUUUUGGGUGGUUGCACUGCCUAAAUCACCCUUGUAUUCCUAUAAAGAGCAUCAGAAGCUGUCCACAAGUCACUGAAACAGUGCAGUGAAAACAUAAUGUAUUUAUUUAUUUCCCUUUUGUUUGGUUGGGAUUUUUUUUUUAAGCUUGUACUUUUAACUUUUUUAAUGGACUGAAUCAGCUCCCUGAAUAAGCACUGUUUUAGUAGCUGUAUUAUGGGCUGCACAUAAGGAAUAUCCACUACUAGUUCUCCAAGACAUAAGUCUCACACAGUAAAAUUCAACACCCUGUAAUAUAGGAUGAAACUGAGGAAUUUGCAAUUACUGUUGUGACUUUCAUUUAAUCUUCAGCUGAUGACUAUGCUGACUGAUCUAGAUUAAAGCAGAUUUUGCAUGCAUCCUGCAUAACAAAAGAAGGUCAGCUUUGAUAUGUGACACACUGACCUGUAAAGUGUGGUUCUACUCCAGGAAGUGAUUUCAGAUGACAGUGUUCAGAUCUGAGCUGCUCAACCUGAGUGUUCUCAACUGCUUACUUCAGGGAUACAAAUAACGUAUUGACAUUUUACCACUUAUUUCCUAAAGAUUUAAUUUCCUUGGCAUCAGUUUGUUGACUCUAAUCCUCAGUUGCCUACCUUUACUUGCAACUGAUGCAGACCAAAAGGCACCUAGAAGUUAAAUCUGGAUUUCAGAAUCAAAAAGUGGAAUAUAUGCUAGUAGGGUAGGGAAAAAUCCAGUUGGAUUUUAAACUGUGGCAUCUCCUUUUAAUCUAUUUAAAAAAAAAUAUUAAAAUCAAUUAAAAUGCUGUCAACAUGGAAAACAAACACUGAAGUCUCUGAUCUCACUUUUGAAAGUACACCCACACUUUAUAAUGCUGUUUUUAAUCCUAUGCAUUUGCAAAGCCUUUAGGCUAGACUCUGUGUUAACCUUAUCAUUUCCACUGUCAAAUACUAAUCAGUAUGUUAGUAUAUUAAAGGAUAAUAUUGUUUAUCCAGAAGCAAGUGUAACUUUUCUCCAGUAAGAAGGGGAACUAAACAGCUGGAGAAAGGAAUACAACUUAUGGGAUUUAAAGCAGUAGUGUAUGCAAAACAUAUCCUGGUCACAUUUUGUUUGUUGAAGUGCAGCUCCUAUAAAUUUGCAUACUGAAAAUAAAUUUAUAUACUAGGGCAUCCUCCAUUUUAUAUUACAUUUUACUGAAUUAAAUCUUGAUAAAGAGAUCACGGGCAAUUUCAAAACAGACAGUACUUCUCUUGAUAAAACUCCCCACAAAACUAGAAUUAGAAGGGCACAUCAGUUUAGUAUCAGAAAACAUUUUAUUGCUGUAUCUUUGAGACAAUAACAGUCCUGUCCCACUUCUGACAAACACUCUACCAUUUGUGCCUGUCAACUAAAUAGGGCUAGAAAGACUAGGGGACACCACAGGACAGGACUGAAACUCCUGAGAGGAACAUAACUUACUGGCA